AUGCUGACCGGGGUGACGGAUGGGAUCUUCUGCUGUCUCCUGGGGGCGCCGCCGAACGCAGUGGGGCCGCUGGAGAGCGUGGAGUCCAGCGAUGGCUACACCUUUGUGGAGGUCAAGCCCGGCCGCGUGCUGCGCGUGAAGCACGCGGGACCUGCUCCAGCUCCCACCCCGCCCCCGCCCCCGCCCCCGCCUGACACGGCGCAGGGGGACCGGGCCGGCCUGGUGCGGUGCCAGCGCCGGAUCACCGUGUACCGCAACGGGAGGCUGCUGGUGGAGAACCUGGGCCGGGCGCCCAGAGCGGACCUCCUGCUCGGGCAGAACGGCUCCGGGGAGCCCCCGGCCUCUCUGGAGGUGGAGCUGGCGGACCCGGCGGGCAGCGACGGCCGCUCGGGCCCCGCCAGCGCCGGGCCUGGCAGCGGCGGGCGGCGGCGGCGGGCCCGGCGCCCCAAGAGGACCAUCCACAUUGACUGCGAGAAGCGCAUCACCAGCUGCAAGGGCACGCAGGCCGACGUGGUGCUCUUCUUCAUCCACGGCGUGGGCGGCUCCCUGGCCAUCUGGAAGGAGCAGCUGGACUUCUUCGUGCGCCUGGGCUACGAGGUGGUGGCCCCGGACCUGGCCGGGCACGGGGCCAGCUCGGCGCCCCAGGUGGCCGCCGCCUACACCUUCUAUGCGCUGGCGGAGGACAUGCGCGCCAUCUUCAAGCGCUAUGCCAAGAAGCGGAAUGUGCUCAUUGGGCAUUCCUACGGCGUCUCCUUCUGUACAUUCCUGGCGCACGAGUACCCAGACCUGGUGCACAAGGUCAUCAUGAUCAACGGCGGGGGCCCCACGGCGCUGGAGCCCAGCUUCUGCUCCAUCUUCAACAUGCCCACGUGUGUCCUGCACUGCCUGUCGCCCUGCCUGGCCUGGAGCUUCCUCAAGGCCGGCUUCGCCCGCCAGGGGGCCAAAGAGAAGCAGCUCCUGAAGGAGGGCAAUGCGUUCAACGUGUCGUCCUUCGUGCUGCGCGCCAUGAUGAGCGGCCAGUACUGGCCCGAGGGCGACGAAGUCUACCACGCGGAGCUCACCGUGCCGGUCCUGCUGGUCCACGGCAUGCACGACAAGUUCGUUCCGGUGGAGGAAGACCAGCGCAUGGCGGAGAUCCUGCUGCUGGCCUUCCUGAAGCUCAUCGACGAAGGCAGCCACAUGGUGAUGCUGGAGUGUCCGGAGACGGUCAACACGCUGCUCCAUGAAUUCCUGCUCUGGGAGCCCGAGCCCUCGCCGCCAGUCCUGACGGCGCCUCCCGAGAAGAAGUAG